AUGGAUUUCCACCAACAGUAUACCAUACUGUCGAAAAAGCGAGUCAGGUACUAUCUCUGCAGGCGUCAGCCCAGAACUUCAGAGCCUCCUUUGACCAUCGUGCAACGCGGCCAUCAGCUUAGCCUCAGCGCUUGUGAGGUUUUUCAGGUAAAGGAGAAGAUGGAAUGGAACUCGAUACUAUCAAGGGCUGCUAACACACACACAGCCUCCUCAUGCACGAGGUGA